GCGAAUAUGAAAAGAUAACGUUAGGUUCGUUAUAAUCGUUUCUUCCCCGAUUAUCCAAACCCUAACCCUAGAUGAUUCUUCCAAUUCCUCUUCAAUGGAACAGCAAUCUUCUAAUUUGAUCUCCCAAGAUGAUACUAGCAAGGCAAUUGGAGGCCACGAAGCGGAAUUCCACGACCCCCUUGAAGAAUUCCCUUUUGUCGAUGCUUCAAAUUCCUUCGAAUCCGAACAACAAUCGCUUUCUAGUUCCGAGCUUGAUACCAAUAAACACGAGGACUCUACGGUUUCGGUCUUAUCCGAGCACACGACAGACUCCCCGUCGUCUCCUUCCUCUGCCGGCCUCCGACAUCGCCGACUUGUUUCUCAACGCAGUGACAAAGGGUUCUCCCAGUCUCAGUUCUUCAAAAAUAAUCCUGAUGGGUUGAUAGAUUUUGAUCCUCACGGUGCUAUUGUUUCUCCUCGUAAGAAGCACGAACGAUCCUGGAGUUUGAAGGACGACGAGAAAUUAAAUGGAAAAUUGGACUCCGGUACGGUUCAUUUGAGUUCAGGCGGUGAUGGUGGACAGUUAAAGGACGAGACAGAUGAGAGUUCCGUGAUUACUAGUGUCAAUAGCGGUGAAAGAGUCAACGAUGAGUAUAUUACAUCAUCUGAUCCGCCAGUUUCUAUUGCAUAUCUUCUUUAUACCUUAGCUGAAUUGGUGAUUAAAGCUGUUGGGUUUCAAUCAAACUUCUUAGCAACCUCUGUCACAUUUCCGAUGUGGUCAAUGCAAUCUUUAUACAUGUUUGCGACCGAUCCCUUUGGGAUAAUGAUGUAUGGGAGAAAUUGUAUACUGGCGAUUGUUUCAUGGAUUAUAAACCUAUGGACUGAAAAGAGUGAUUCCAGAUGGAAGCUGUGUUUUCGUGUGGGAUGGGGCUUAUUGUGGUUGGCUUAUUGUGGCUUCAUUUUGAUCUGUUUAUUAGUUCCGGCUUUUCUUCUUGGUGGCAUAAUGAUGAAAUGGAUAGUGCAGGAGCCGUUACGGAUAACAGAGCAGUUAACUUUUGAUUAUUCAAGAGAUGCUCCCGAGGCGGUUGUGCCUAUAAUUUCUUGUCCAGAUUCCUCCUUUCUGGAGCUCAGCGAAAAGAGCAAGAUUGGGAAGACGGAUGAAUCACGGGUUAUACCUUUUGGUCAUGAACUACAGGCGACGGUCUCCUUAACUUUACCAGAAUCGGACUACAACAGAAAUCUUGGGAUUUUCCAGGUGAGGGUAGACUUUCUUUCUGGUGAUGGUAAACGCCUUGCAAGUAUAAGGCAGCCCUCUAUGUUGCAAUUUAAAAGUGAGCCUAUCCGCCUUGUAUCGACUGUCUUGAAUUUGGCUCCUCUUCUCACUGGCUAUUCAUCAGAAACACAAACUCUGAACAUAAAAUUCAAAGGGUAUACCGAAAAAGAUAUCCCUACGUCCUGCUCGAGGGUUGUUCUUGAAAAACGAGCCGAAUUUGAAAGAGGAGGUGGUAUACCUGAAUUGUAUGCUGCAUCUGUAAAGUUAGAGUCUCAACUUCCUUUUCUGAAGAGGAUGUUGUGGCAUUGGAGGAUUAUGAUAUACCUGUGGAUUAGCAUGAUGAUGUUUACGGUGGAGUUGCUAUUCACGCUGCUAUUUUGUACACCGAUUGUUUUCCCAUGGCUACGUUCUUCGAAUAAUAAUGCAUAUCACAACACCCCUCCUGGUCGAAGUUAGCUGCCGUGCUCAUCUCUGUUCCUGGUAUGCAACCUACUCUUUCUCUACCACUUAUAUUGAUGAUUAAAAGAAUGCAAUAUGCAAAUGGGUGUCCAAGUUGAUUUGUAUGUAGUUCUUAUAGAUCAAGAUUUUAUAAAUUUAUCAUGUAUAUAUAUGCGAUAAUUUUUUAUUUCCUUUUCUUUUUAAUUUAUAGUUGAUGUCAAGCGGAUUUGUAUAUUGUUCAAUUGGGUAUUAGGAUUUAUGAUGGUUUACGUACGAGUCAA